AUGACAGAAGCGCUGAAGCGGCGCAUAUCUGCCGCAAAGCAGCGCAUGAGCGCAAAGCUGCUGCAGCCGCACGAUCACUCUGCUUCCAACUGCAAUGCCAAUUCCAGCGCUGCUCUGGCUUCGGAUUUGUCGCGAAAGGCUCGCAUCGGGUCGGACAAGGCUCGUGGAUCAUCUGGACCUGAAGAAGCACCUCCCAGCACAUUCACAUUCACAUUGCCCACCUCCACAUCCAUCGCUCACCUAUCCGCUCUCUUGCUGCUCCUACGCAACCUCGAAUCCAGCGUGCGCAAAGCUUCCAGCGAGUUGAAGAGAAUCGCAGAUGCGGAAAGAGCUAGAGCGCGCGAUGCUGCAGAGAAGAAUGACGCAAAGCAUGGCGAUUGCGAUUUGCCAGCAUACGGCCACACCUUUAGCGAUUCUCCCGACGAGCUGGACCUGCCCCCUGCCCCCUCCCACAGUCAAGCAUCACAAUCUAAAGCUCAGUCGACGUCCGACAAAUCCAAACUGUACCUCGCCGAAGAAGAUGACGACAAGGCUUGGGCAUCUUAUAUUGCUAGAUCUAGCUAUAGAUUUCAGCUGUGGCAGGAGAGGAUAGCGUCGCGCACAAGUAGUGAUGCAGAGGCGCAGCUCUUGCCUCCCUUGGACGUCUUUAUCGUCUGGGCUGCCCUCAUCACCGAGCAAGAUGCGCAGACUAUCCCGGACCACUCCUUGCUCCAAUGUCGCCACUUUCCCCUGCAGUAUGUGGUGAGUGAUCAUGAGCGCAGUGCACCGUAGAUGAGCCAGCACGAGGCUGAUUGUCGUCGUCGAAAUUUUUUUUGCACAUCAAAAGACGGCCUAUGACACUGCUAGUCUCUCCAUCAAAUCAUCCUCGGCUUUGCGGGAAGCUGAGCACAUGAUAGAUGCAAGUGAGAGUGUCAAAUUGUGGCAAGCAUUGACGUCUACCCCGUUUGUGGCUCCUUUACUGGAGCACGAAUCGCUACGAAGCACCACUUCCGAUCCGCUCACCACCAAGGGUGUUCCCCUGAUCUGUCCCUCUCCUCUAUGCGACUCUCAUUUGCACACAAGAGCGGAUCAAACCUCUCAAGCAGCAGCAGCCAUCAAGCACAUUUCUUUCCUCAGAAGAAGAGCUCAUGCCAUACCUACGUUGAGAGCGUCGGAGAACAAGAGAAGAGGUUUGGCGGAGAUUGGGUGGAGCAGAACCUGUCCUUGUUGCCAGACAAAGAUUUGCAUGGAUACCAUAGCGGGAGCGCAGCUGGUCGCUGAUUUGCAAAGAUGGUGCGAGGAUGGUGAUUUUGUGUUGAGGUGAGUAUUCUAGCAGGCUACUUACCACUCCACCCAACUGCUAGGUGGCACCUGAUCACUCCAUCAUUUGAGCUUCGCAGUGGACUCGCCCAUCACGUCGAGACUGGCAUGCCGCUGCCGCUUUGGCACGCCCACGCAAUAGCAGCUUCCAUCUUGACGCCGCUGCUCUCAGCAGAAUGCCUCUCCACUUCACGUCGAUCGACCAACCUCACUUGCCUCACUCUAGCUUCUCAGAGAUUGGAAGCUCAAGAUUGCGAUCUGGAGUUGGAUCUAGCUUUCCUUUUGCCUCCUUCAGGCAACAUCUCUUCCGUCGCUUCCAACGGUGCUGCUAGUGCGGCCUCGUUGGGCACUAGCGGAAACAGCCUUUCUGCUGCGCUUCGAGCGGCCGCAGCAGCCUCGUUUAGCAGCACGCCCGAGGAGAUGGGCCUGACGCACGAGUAUUCGUUGAGUAAAAUGCAAACUUGGUUGGUGCAGCACGGGAUCAAGGCUCAUCCGAGCGUGAUCCAAGUAGCCGAGAGGGGAUGGGACACGACUUGGCCAUCGACCGAGUCCAGUUUGAGGCGCAAUGCCUCCCACUCUAGAAGGAUCAAACGCGUAGGCAUGACGAUUGGACACGAGAACAGCAUGGCGGACAAGAUGGGAGGAGGAAGUUCGGCUGGAGGAUUGAAUUUCAAUUUCGAUUCGAUUGCGGAAGAUGCCAAUACGCGCAUGACUUCGCAAGCUGCCCAGCAAGUCUCGCAGAGCAUCGGCAACGUCAUCAGCCAGAGGCUUUUGAAACCGUACAGAGAUCAGUGCAAUAUCGGUCUGCCGCCGAUGCGGCCAGGAGCAGCGACGGUGAUCUCGGCCGUAGAAGCGGUCAAGGGCAUGUCUGGAUUUUCCAAAGCGCUAGAAAGUUGGGCUUCAGCUCAUGUGCUAGCCUACAGCGCUUCGCAAUCCGACCCCCCCUUCACACCUCGCUCUUCCGAAAAAGAUGCUGACGGCGGCGGCGGCCCGGCUUGCGCACCCUGCUCGACGACGCUUCAAAAAUCCUUCGUCAAACAAGCUUUGCACGAAUACGCUUGCACGAUGCAAGAUCUGCAAAAGAGGUGCAGCAAUGACUACAAAGCUCUUGGCGCGCUGGGCGGUGCUGCUUCCAAGUUCAGCUUGCUGGGACGUAGACGCGCGGGAGUGCAAGAGGUUUUGCUGGAUAGGGAAGAAUUGUGCGAGUUGUUGCUCGAGGCUGGACCGGGCGUCAGGUUAGCUUGGAUCGUGAGUCGAUGCAAAAGUCUCAAAUCCGAGGCAUCCAUCUCCCUCGCAUACUCCUUCGUUCGCUUCCAAGACCGAAAAAGGGAAGAAGAAAAAAAAUGGCAGAAGAAGGCAGAAGCUUGCCUCGGGAGGUUUCCUUUUGUUUUGAAGCUGAUCCGACUUGCCUCCCUUGCCCUGGCACACACAUUUCCCUGCUAGACGCACAUGCUCUCGACGGAUUAUACCACGCUUGUUCAUAGCACACUUCGAAGCCUACCUCUACACUCUUGGAGCGCCAUCUCCGCUCCCACUCAUCUCUCUUCCGUCUAA